UUCAGAAUGACGGAAGAAUACCGCAGUACGAUCAGUUCUCGACCAGCGUUCAAUCGAACGACAACGAGCAGCACUCAGAAUUACUCCACGCCAGGCUCAGGCAAUCGCGUUUUGAAAAUCGUUACGGAAAUGUCUUCAUCAUCCAUCGCUAGCGGUUUGUCGCCAUAUGGCCAGAAUGCCGCUUCAACUAUCCGUGAUGCUCGUGAAAGAGAAAAGAAAGAGAUGAGCGAUCUGAAUGACAAGCUUGCCAGCUAUAUCGAGAAGGUCCGCUUCCUUGAAGCUCAAAAUCGCAAACUGGGAGCUGAUCUUGAUAUGUUACGCUCUCGUUGGGGUAAAGAUACAAGCAGCGUUCGUAGCAUGUACGAAGGAGAACUGUCUCAAGCCAAGAAGCUGAUUACUCAAACCGGAAAAGAAAAGGACGACUUGGAAAAGGACAUUCGCAAGCUCCAAGAUGAACUGAACGAAUACCGCCGCAAAUUCGAAGAGGCCACAAAAGCCCGGCUCGGAGAUCGCGAAAAAAUCGAUGAACUGCUCGUAAAACUUUCGAACAUCGAAGCCGAAAUUAACCUGCUCAAAAGACGCAUCGCCCUACUUGAAGAGGAAAUCUCUCGCCUCAAAAAAGAAAACAUGCGACUCAUGUCCGAACUCCAACGCGCUAGAACAGACCUCGACCAGGAGACGUUGAAUCGCAUCGAUUACCAGAAUCAAGUCGCAACACUUCUGGAAGAAAUUGACUUCAUCAAGAGAGUGCACGAUCAGGAAAUCAAGGAGCUUCAAGCUAUGGCUGCUCGCGAUACCACCAGCGAGAACCGCGAGUUCUUCAAGAACGAGCUGGCCUCUGCCAUUAGAGACAUCAGAAGCGAAUACGACCAGAUGAUGAACACUAACCGCAAUGACAUGGAAUCGUGGUACAAGCUGAAAGUGCAGGAAAUUCAAACGCAGAGCGCUCGCCAGAAUAUGGAACAAGGCUAUCAGAAAGACGAAGUCAAGCGUCUUCGCACUCAGCUCACAGAUCUUCGUGGAAAACUUGCCGAUUUGGAAGGAAGGAACGCCCUGCUGGAGAAACAGAUCCAGGAGCUGAACUACCAGCUGGAGGAUGACCAGAGAUCUUACGAAGCCGCCCUCAAUGACCGUGACGCCCAGAUUCGUAAAAUGCGAGAAGAAUGCCAAGCUCUUAUGGUUGAAUUGCAAAUGUUGCUCGAUACCAAGCAGACCCUCGAUGCCGAAAUUGCCAUCUACCGUAAGAUGCUCGAAGGCGAAGGUGAUGGUCCAGGACUUCGUCAACUUGUUGAACAAGUCGUUCGUACGACAGGAAUCAAUGAAGUUGCUGAUACUGAAACUAUGCGCGUCGUCAAGGGUGAGACAUCGAGUAGGAGCUCCUAUACCCGUUCAGCAAAAGGAAACGUAUCCAUCCAGGACCCAUCACCUGAAGGAAAAUACGUUGUGCUGGAAAAUACCCACCGUUCCAAGGAAGAGCCAAUCGGAGAAUGGAAGCUCAAGAGAAAGAUUGAUGGAAAACGCGAGAUUGUGUAUACUCUUCCUCAUGACUUCAUCCUUCGUGCUGGAAAAAGCGUCAAGAUCUGGGCCCGUGGACAAGGUGGUACCCAUAAUCCUCCGGAGUCGCUAGUUUUCGAUGGUGAAGACAGUUUCGGUGUUGGCUCAAACGUUCAGACAAUCCUUUACAACAAAGAAGGCGAGGAACGUGCCACACACAUCCAACGUCAAAGCCAAAGCGCUACAUAAAGCUCGCUGUCAUUAGAAGAUGCCACUACUACUUCACAAUGCUUGAUCAUAUCCAGUAUAUUUACUAUGUGCCCAUAUUUGCCCAUAAUACAUUAUCUAAUCACUCACUUCAAAAAUAUCAUUACAUUAUGCAUUUGAUUUUCUGCAUAAGAUUAUUUCGUGCAGCGUUAUCUUCAUGCCAUUAUGGUUUCAAGUGCAUUUUUGCUUGAAGCGGGACAGUCGCGUAACGCAUUUCAUCUCUACAAUGCCUUAGAUACUAUGUGAAGUAAAGAGUUCUGCUUACAGUACU